AGAAACCCCGUGCUCCCCUUCCCGCCUGGUGCCCUCCGCGCGCUCCCCUUGUCCCAGCAGGUGGUGCGGUCCCGGGUCGUGGUCACGCGGCAGCCGGGGCGCGGCCUGCUCUGCACCCAGGAGUUGCCCCCGGCGGCUUGAGCGGCGUUGGCGGCUGGAAAGAUGCUGGCCCAGAGUCGCCUCAUCACCGUGGUCCUUGUGGUGGCGGCAGUCACGGGCUCCGUGGCGCAGCACGCGCCGCCGUGGACAGAAGACUGCAGAAAAUCGACCUAUCCUCCUUCUGGACCAACCUACCGGGGGCCGAUUCCGUGGUACACCAUCGAUCUUGAUUUACCACCCUACAAGAGAUGGCAUGAGCUGAUGACCGACAAGGCACCCAUGAUAAGGACUAUAGUGAAUUCCCUGAAGGAUUUAGUAAAUGCAUUUGUGCCAAGUGGAAAAGUUAUGAAGAUGGUGGAUGAAAAGUUGCCUGGUCUUCUUGGCAACCUUCCUGAGCCUUAUGAAGAGGAAAUGAAGGGAAUUGCAGAUGUUACUGAGAUACCUUUAGGAGAGAUUAUUUCAUUCAACAUUUUUUAUGAACUUUUUACCAUUUGUACUUCAAUAAUAACAGAAGACAAAGAAGGACAUCUGCUACACGGGAGGAACAUGGACUUCGGAGUCUUUCUCGGGUGGAACACAAACAAUAACACCUGGGUCAUAACCGAGCAACUGAAACCUUUAACAGUGAACUUGGACUUCCAGAGAAACAAAAAGACUGUCUUCAAGGCCUCAAGCUUUGCCGGCUACGUGGGCAUGUUAACAGGAUUCAAACCCGGGCUGUUUAGCCUUACACUGAACGAGCGUUUCAACAUCAAUGGCGGUUAUCUGGGAAUCCUAGAAUGGAUUUUGGGAAAGAAGGAUGCCAUGUGGAUAGGGUUUAUUACUAGAUUAGUUCUGGAAAACAGCACAAGUUAUGAAGAAGCCAGGAAUAUAUUGACCAAGACCAAGCUCAUGGCCCCAGCGUACUUCAUCCUGGGAGGCAACCAGUCUGGGGAGGGCUGUGUGAUCACACGCAGCCGAAAGGAAUCUCUGGAUGUGUAUGAACUCAACCCCAAGCAGGGUAGGUGGUACGUGGUACAAACGAAUUACGACCGCUGGAAGAACCCCUUCUUCCUCGAUGACCGCAGAACGCCCGCCAAGAUGUGCCUGAACCGCACCACCCAGGAGAAGCUGUCCUUUACCACCUUGUACGAUGUCCUGUCGACAAAGCCUGUGCUGAACAAGCUCACCGUGUUCACAACCUUGAUGGAUGUUACCAAAGGCCAGUAUGAAGCGUACCUGCGGGACUGCCCCGAGCCGUGUAUAGGUUGGUGAGCACGCUGUGGCCUGCGGAGCGCACACACAGACUGGAGCACAGGCCUCGCGUGUGGCCGGCCAGCAGCCUCGCCUGAUCCGCGUUGGUCCACCGGACUCAGGGCAGGGUUUCCCGGUUUACAGCGCACGGCCUGUGUUCCCUCACAGCCACUUCUCUGCGGUCCACUCUUUCAAGGGAGGCGACAUCGUCUGGAGCUUGCUGGGUUUCCUUUCACUGUGACUUCUAGGGAUGGGACAGGCAGUAAACAUCGGGGAUCCCCCUGCCUGGAAAUGGUAGAGGGUCUCUGAGCAUAGAACGAGGUCGUCUGUGUGGAAGGAGUAACAGUAACCCGUGUGAUUCCGGCUUUCACUUGGAUCUAGAUGGGGACAUCUUCUGUGCCGCGGUGUUUUCCUCCUGGCUCUGACCGCCAUGAACAUUGUGCUGUUAGUGACAGCAGGAUAUUUCACACUGACCGAGGGCUGUGUGUUUCUUUAAAUGGGCCUUCGACUCUGUACGCAGUCCUUCCGGGGUCCAUGAAGUCAUCUCUGUGCAAGGGUACAGAGCACAGAAGCAUUUCCUUUUUCAUGAUUACUCUACCUCCCGGUGACCCCAGGAAGUUGCUAACUUCAAAAAUGGAGUCCCAGGGUCUGUGGACUAGUAAAUGAGCAUGUCAAAGAUUUGUGCAAAAUAAGAGGUAAACUCAUUAUCUUAAAUUCUAAUAACUGGGUUUUUAAUCUGUCCUGAUCGACGUGUAUUUUUUUUUUAAAGCUCUUAGCACGGUUAUGAGAAAUGAUUUUCAGAAAUCAACCUGUUUAUGAGAAAUGCUAAUAGAACCUGUUAACCUCUCUGCUUCCGUGGCUAACAGCAGUGUAUGUCCCUGUGCAGGGCUGUGCCCACUGCACUUAGUAUAAUGCCAGUCGUGUUCCUGACACUCAAUAAACAGCCAUACAAGCAG